AGCGAGGCCGGCUGCCCGCAGCGAGCAGCUGGGAGAUGGAGAAAGCCGGGGGUUCGUCCUCCGCGGGAGGCAGCUACCCGCAGAAAAACGCCGAGAUCCUCAGCAGCCAGUACGGCAUCAACCUGUUCCUGGCCGGGCUGCUGCUCACUUUCGCCUGGGCUGUGCACGCCGUUGGUAUCAGCAAGAGCCACCUGCUCUCCUACCUCAUCACGCUGAUGCUUGUUCAGCUGCUGUGGAUGCUGUGGUACCUGUGCAGGAGCUGCACGCAAAGGAGGCUGAUCCGAGACAAGGACACACAUGCCGGAGCCCGCUGGCUGAAGUGUGGAAUUACAUUAUUUGCAGUGAUUACUUUAAUUCUGGACUCCUUUAAAAUUGGAUACUAUAUUGAUUUUUCAAACUGUUUGUCACCAACUGAAGGCAUCUUUCCUGUUACACAUGCAGCACACACCAUCUUACAGGUAUACUUUCUUUGGUGUCACGCAAAGGAUAUUAUCCAGUCUUUCAAAACACUUGAAAGGUUUGGGGUUAUCCAUUCUGUGUUCACAAAUUUACUCUUGUGGACAAAUGGAGUGUUAACAGAGUCGAAGCAUCAACUGAAUGAACAUAAGGAAAGACUAAUCACACUUGGCUUUGGGAAUAUAACAAUAGUUUUAGAUGACCAUGCUCCUCAAUGCAAUUGUACAACAACAACUCUCUGUUCAAUAUUUUCUCAAGGAAUAUAUUACCUGUACCCCUUUAAUAUAGAAUACCACAUUCUAGCAUCCACAAUGCUCUAUGUCCUGUGGAAGAACAUCGGCCGCAAAGUAGAACACCAUCAGCAAUACAAAACUCCAUUCAAAUUCCACGGCAUAACCAUUGGGAUGAUUUUUGGACUAAUUGUGUUAACUAGCACAAUAGCAAUUGUUGUGGUAUAUUUAAUCCAGAUUGGACGUUCGAAAAUCAAAAGCGAGUUAGCACUGACAAUGUUUUACCUCCAUGCAAUCUUUGUGCUGGCUCUCAUGUGCACAGCUGGAGUCAUUGCCCUGCUGAUCUACAGACUGGACGAUAGAUCAUUGGACAACUCCAAAAAUCCUGCUCGAAAGCUGGAUGCAGAGCUGCUGGUCGGCACAGCUGCUGGGUCCUGGCUCCUAUCCUGGGGCUCCAUCCUAGCAAUUAUCUGUGCUCAGGCUCACCCCAAAUACACCUGGUAUAAUCUGCCCUAUUCCAUCCUGGUCAUCAUUGAGAAAUACAUUCAGAAUCUCUUUAUCAUUGAAUCCAUACAUCGUGAGCAGGAAAAGGUGAAUGAUGAUGUUAAAACCCUUCGAAUAGUGACAGUGUCUCGAGGGAGCACUUUGACACUUACACCCUCAUACAAGGAGAUUUACAAUGGCCACACUGCCCAGGAUGCCGGGGAGUUGCCGUGCCUGUUCCAUGGCAGCAUCUGUGCCAGAGAACGUGUUGGGAGCAGUGGUGACAAUGAAGGGACAAGUCAGGGAGGUGGUUCGGGCAUGCAUUUUGCCUCUGAGUUCUCCCUUUGCAGCAGGAGCUCGGUGGCUGACAACAAGAGGAGAAUUCUGAAGAACAUUGCUGCAUUUUUAUUCCUCUGCAACCUUUCGCUUUGGAUACCACCGGCCUUUGGGUGCCGCCCAGAAUACGACAAUGGGCUGGAAGAAAUCGUUUUUGGCUUUGAACCUUGGAUAAUUGUUGUGAACCUUGCGAUGCCUUUUUCUAUUUUCUACCGGAUGCAUUCAGCUGCCUCACUCUUUGAAGUCAAUUGCAAAACAUAGAUCAUACAUGGUCCCUCAGUGAACAAUUGAUUGAAUAAUUAAUUAAACAAAUAACAGAUGAAAGAGUGGAUGAAAGAGUGAGCUUAGCAAUAGCUGCUCUACAGAUAGAAGGUUCAAUAAAUAUGUCUACAAGAAGGGACCAUAGCUAGUAGCAUGUAAUAUUUUUUUAUUUUUUAUCUGUGCAUUUCGUUACAUAUGUAGUGUUAUGAUUUAGACUUUUCAAAAUCAUAUUAGUGUUAACUGUACAUAGUCAAGUUAAUUUAAUCUAAUUAAUCUUUGUUUUGGUCAUCAGCGAUUUGCCCUGAGUUUGAAUAGUUUGUAUUGCUCUUUUUUUCAUUUACUGUGGCCUCUGAAAGUUGUUUAAAAAAGGAAAAAACAACUGCUUGACUUCUGAGGGAAAUUCCCAAGGACUGCUGUACCAACUGAUGUCCCUGAGUCACGGAUGCUCUGAAAACCCCGCUUUUUAAUUCCUAGACACAUUUUUUAUAGUAAAACAUGAAAAUAUUUUCUGCUUUGUGGGGUUAUGGGAAUUAUAUUAAACUUUCUGAAUAUUGGUGGAAAAUCAAUAUUUAACUCUUUUUUUUUUCCUAACUAUAUGGCAUGAAAUCCAAAUGACUAACAUGUAGGUUAGAUACCAUGCUUUGUAUAACUUCUUCUGAUAAAAUAUAUUCCUAUUAAUGCAUCUCUCUUGUCUUGUAAUUACUCUAUGACAUAACUGUGAAGUAAAGUUUUUUCUUCUAUUCUUUAUUCACACAUCCUUGAAAUGUUUUGAAAGAGAAAAAUCUAGUCUUGUAGCUUAAAUUACAUUUGUUCUGUUGCCAUAAUGCUUUAAAUUCCCUGUACAAUUUCUCUUAGUAGCUGCUAAUUUCUUUUUACUUCAUUCUCUUGGUUGGAAGGUAACCAUAUAUACUCCUGCAGGGGUCUGGUAGAACGCAGCUUUCAGCUGUUUUGUUCACAAUCACGGAUCAGAACGGAAAUUUUGGCUUUGUACCACUAGAGGGCAAACACAGACCAUUACCUGAUGCCUUCUAGGAGUUUCUUCAUAUAGUAGUUAAAUUUCGAAUUAUUCUGUGGCAAAUACAGCCAUAACAUACCUAGGAGCUCUGUUACCUGCUUUACCUGAUGCAAAACCCAUAUCAAGUAAAGCAACCUGAAGUCUGAAUUAGGUUCACCAUCACUGAGGUUGAGCAUGAGAACACCUGUGUUCCUGCAGAGCAAUUUCAGCUCCUUAGAAGCACCCCUGAUCACAUCAUUGUAACCUCUGCCUCUUUCUGGUGCCGCUUGUUGUGCUCGUUUAUCACACUGCUAUUGGUUUCUGCCCUCCUUUUCUCUCGUAGCCUUUUCUAUCUUUCCCCUGGAACACAGUACCUCAUCUCACCUUCUUUCACACUCCUUUCAUGAAGCUCUCACCACUUGGUUCUCUCAGACCAGUUUCAUUUCAAGCAGAAUGAAUAGGGCAAGCUGGAACAUCAAAUAAAGCUUUCUUCUUCCUUCCAUACCAAGGCUGGACCAACUUUCCAGCUACUUCUGGUAUUGGAGAAAACUCAUUUUGCUAGUAGCCCCACAAAUUCCAUUUCAACCUUUGAACAACAACAAAGAUUGGUUAAGGAAAGAUUCCUUUGGCUUCCGCUGUUUGUGGGAUGGGUUGCAUGUCAUUCUUCAGCCAAAAGUGGUGCUCUUUCACUCACUUCUAACACUUGUGUUCAGCCAAAGCAGAGCUCACUAAUCCCUAGGGCCAGAAAAGGAUCCAUAUGCUGAAAUGGGAACACUUGGCACACAUUUGGAAUUUUCAAAAAUAAAUAACAUUAGCAUCUUUGUCUGUCAUUACUUAGUCUUCUCUUUUUCUCAACAUCACUACUGAAAUAAUUUCAUUUGCCCACGGUAUUAAAUUGAUUUUUA